AUGUAUAAACGAGAUUUAUAUAUAAGAUACACAGGCUUCCGCGAUCGGCCUCAGGAAGAGCGUCAAGUUCGCUUCCAAAACGGAUGCCGCGAGGGACGCACGGAGAUCGCCUUUGCCGCUACUGGCACGAAUUUGCAGUUGGUUUUUAACGCCGGACUUUCAAGCGGCGGGUACACGCAAACCGAAAGAGAAUGCGAUUUUGAUAAAGAACACGGAAAGGUUCACAUCCGAUCGUCCAUGAUAAUGAACGGCGUCUGCGUGCGCUGGCGCGGGUGGAUUGACCUAGAACGACUGGACGGUGUAGGUUGCCUGGAAUAUGACGAACCUCGUGCCCUUCAAGAAGACGCUAUGCUCAGGGAGCAGAUCGACAGGUACAACCAAAGAUUGAGAGAUUUCGAAGAAAAACAAAGAGCUUACCGGACUCAUCACUAUCAGCCUGAUCACCAUAAGGCCCAAGAAGAAUUAGACGUCGCUGGAUAUUAUCAUAGAAGACAAAACAUGAUGCCAGUUGCAACGAGGCGAUAA